AUGACUGGCCAAGAAGAUGCCAUUGCGUCCAAGCACGACAGCAAGCAGACAUCACUGAAUGAAACGACUGUCGACAUCGCCAUGGACAAGAAGUUAUCUCACAAUAAUGACACAGAUUUAUGCACUGAUGUCAAUGUCUCUGUCGGCGAGGUUGAGGCUGUCCUCGAUGAAUCUGAAUUCACGGAGGAAGAGUACAAGGCUCUCUUGAAAAAAAUCGAUCGAUGGCUUCUUCCUCUGAUGUUCUGUUGCUAUGGCAUCCAGCAAACCGACAAGACCGCAACCGGUAUACAGGCGAUAUUUGGCCUGCGAACCGAUUUGAACCUCCAUGGCGAACAAUACAAUUGGCUCACGACAAUUUUCUAUAUAACUUACCUCGUGGGCGAGUUCCCUUCCAACUUUUUGCUACAGCGCUGGCCGAUUGGUCGCUGCUUAACUGGCUACAUGAUGUGCUGGGCAAUCUGCCUGAUUUGUAUGAGCGCCGUGAAAAACUGGUCUCAACUAAUGGCACUUCGGGCGCUACAAGGUUUCUUUGAGUGUACCAUAUCCCCUGGUUUCCUGCUUGUCAUUGGAAGCUGGUACAGGACAGAGGAACAGGCGCCUCGAGCCCUGUUUUUCCAAUCUGCCAAUGCGUUUUUCCUGAUUGUCUGCGAUCUCAUCAUGUACGGGAUCGCUGGUUACGUGACAAAGCACGGUGGCAUCCAGCCAUGGCGUACCAUUUCGCUAUUCCUCGGAAGUCUGACUAUUGUCAUUUCUGUUGCGGCGGUAUUGAUUUUGGGCACACCCAAGGAGGUCCGCUGGUUGAACAAGAGGGAGCGGCGCAUGGCUCAAGCACGUAUAGUGAGAAACAAGGCUGGCCGCGAUACGACUGGCCUCAAGUGGUCUUGGCCCCAGGUCAUCGAAGCUUUGAAAGACCCCCAAGUAUGGUUCAGUUUUUGUAAUGCUUUUAUCAACAACAUUCCCAAUGGUGGCUUGACCUCAUUCGGCUCCAUCUUGUAUGCAUCCUUCGGAUUUAGCAACAUGGAUGUUCUUCUGGUCGGCUUGCCACGUUCUGUCAUAUCACUUGGCCUCUUCAUCCUCGUCGGCCAGUACAUCAGCAGGGUACCAAACAGGCGCAUGUAUAUCAUGAUGAUUGGAUGUGUAUUGCCAUUCAUUGGAUUACUCGCCAUGUCGCUGCUGCCAAACGAACCGUCCAUGAAGUGGGUGAAAUGGGGCAUGUACAUACUGACGAUGCCUUUUGUCUUUCCCAUCUUCCUCGCCUGGUCUCUUAUCCCUUCUAAUGUUGCUGGACGCACUAAAAAGACGGUCGUAUCGUCACUGACCUUUUUGGCUUACUGCAUUGGCAAUAUUGGCGGUUCAUUUGUUUUCAAGACGAAAGAUGCUCCCCGAUAUGUGUCAGGUACAAUUGCCUGCUCUAUUUGCUUUGCUCUCGAGUUCUCCAUCAUCCUUGCUUGGCGCUGCUGGUACAUGUAUGAGAACAAGCGCCGCGACAAGGCUGCUGCUGCCAGCGGUCUUACCAAGGAACAGCAGGAGGCUGAAGGUCGUUUACUGGGAGAGCAGGAUGUAACAGACAGGAUGAAUCCGCAUUUUCGAUAUACGAUGUAA